AUAAAUUCGAAAGGAUAAUGUCGUUUGACAAGUCAAUAAUUCUUGAAAUACACUACUUUUAGAUGAUGUUUUGAAGAAUCAACAUCAUAGAUGAAAACCUACAGUUGUCAGAGGAUUUGUAGGUAUCCACCAUGUCUAAGAAGCACAGAAACGACCACGAUGGGAAAAUCGCUGGUUUGUACGAUCUCGAGGACACGAUCGGACGUGGUCAUUUUGCAGUCGUUAAGCUGGCCAGACACGUCUUUACCGGCGAAAAAGUAGCUGUCAAAGUUAUUGAUAAGACCAAACUCGAUGACGUUUCAAAAGCGCAUCUUUUCCAGGAAGUGCGAUGCAUGAAAUUGGUGCAACAUCCGAAUGUUGUACGUCUGUAUGAGGUUAUCGAUACACAAACAAAGUUGUAUUUAAUUUUAGAACUUGGUGAUGGAGGAGAUUUGUAUGAUUACAUAAUGAAGCACGACGGGGGCCUUAAGGAGCCCGCCGCCAGGACAUACUUCAGGCAGAUUGUUGAAGCAAUUUCAUACUGUCACAAGCUGCAUGUCGUACACAGAGAUUUGAAGCCAGAAAAUGUAGUUUUCUUUGAAAAACUGGGGCUUGUAAAAUUGACAGAUUUUGGCUUUAGUAACAUGUUUAAUCCAGGUUAUAAACUUGAGACCUCAUGCGGAUCAUUGGCAUAUUCAGCUCCAGAAAUAUUACUGGGUGAUUCCUAUGAUGCUCCUGCAGUAGAUGUGUGGAGUCUGGGCGUCAUCCUGUACAUGCUGGUGUGUGGUACCCCGCCCUUCCAGGAGGCCAACGACAGCGAAACACUAACUAUGAUCAUGGACUGCAAGUACCAAGUUCCAAGUCACAUAUCUAGUCAAUGUCGAGAUUUAAUAAACCUGAUGUUGAAGCGUGAGCCGUCGAAUCGGGCGUCUCUGGAGGAAAUCAUUCUGCACCCGUGGCUGAUGGGAGGCGAAUUCCUGCCGCCAUCGUACAUGCCGCUCAUAUCGCGGGAACAGAUUUCUGAGGAAGACCACAGCUAUCUGGUCCAGAGAAUGGUUGAAGGCAAAAUUGCAACCAGAGAGGAAAUUCUGAGCUCGCUGGACAAGGGUUCGUACAAUCACAUCACGGCAACGUACUACCUGCUGGCUGAACGCCGUCUCAAACGACACCAGCUCUUUGAACAGCAGCUUGCUGGAACUGGGAAUCAGUUGCGUAAACCAUCCAUUCCCAACUCGCCGCAGGCUUCGAGCAAACCUCACCUGGAGCCUCUGUCGCUGUCUCCACGCAAACUGAAAGGACUGAAGAAAACAAAAACGGCCCCAUUAGGGCUUGGUUUAGACUUAGAUUCCCUGAAUAUUAAACCACUCCAGGGUCCCGCGUCCGCCGAGAUAGGGAGCCUGUCACGGCCCCUGUUUGUGAAAAGCAUUACGGGCACGAUGACGCUGGAUCGGAAAGACAGUCUGAAGAAGCGGCAGUCGCAGGUCUCGCCUAUCACUCCCGACAUGGACACCAGCCGACUCGGUGAGCUGGAGUCGAAGCCCGAGACGCAGGAGGUGGUGAAGAAGAAGAGCACGGGGUUCUCGAAGAUCGCCAUAUUGAGUUCGUUCUUUGAGAGGAAGGCCGGGUCGUCCACAUCGGGCAAGAGUCCUGUGUCCGAGCACAAGUCUGGACAUUUCUGGAAUGCGAUCCGAAAGAAGCGUCAAAAAAUCAACCAGCGUCCCAUUGGUAAGAGCUUAACUCCUAGCCCGCCUGCCAUUUUAACCCUUGAGGGGCUAGAAAGCCGACUCUGCAGCUGUCCCGACUCUCAACCAAAAGAACCAAUGAAACCGUCGUACAUCCAGUCCCUCGUGUCUCCGCCCGGCACCCACCCGAGCCCGAGCCUGAGCCUGGCCCCUCCCCCUUCCAUGCUGGCACCAGCAGCAGUGGUGUCGAUCGCGGCACAGUCUCCAGAGAAGCGCUUCCUGGCGUCGCGGAAGUACAGCCUGAUCAAGGAGGAGUCACAGGAGGAGAGCGCAGAGGAGCUGCAGGAGGAGAUGGAGAUCGGCCACGACAUCCACGUCCAGCCCGUGCGCACCUACGAGGACAUCGAGGAGCAGGUGUCCUCCCACAACAUCGUUGGGGGAGAUGGGCCGGAUGCGGGGGCUGCGCUGGCCGUCCGCUGGCCGCUCAUGUCCGUGUCGAGCUCACCGCAGCUGCUGAAUCAGAUCUUCGAGGAGAAUGAGUCAGACGAGGACGACGACUUCGUCCCUGACAACUUGCACGCACCGCACCAGUACAAGGCCAACAGCAUGGCCUCGCCUGAGAUCCUCCGCAAGUAUGAGCAGAGGAAGAAACGGCGCGGGGCAGGUCAGCGAGGGACCAGCUGCAGCAGCUCGGACGCCAGCGACACCGACGACACGGAAGGCAGAUCCCGCAAGGACAAGCUGAAGCACAAAUUCGUGCACCGGCGGGACAGCAGCGACCACUCAAGCGACACAGACGGUCCCGGCGGUCAAGGUGGGGAUCUCGGAGGAGGGGCGCAGUUUGGCGGAGGUGGGGGGUCGUCGCACGAGUCGCGGGACGGCAACAAGAGAGAUUCCGGGAAGAAGGACAGUUCGGGCGGAAAGGGUUCGAAAGGAGGUGGUGGUGGACACGGGUCGAAGCAGAACCACGCGGGGCUGUUCAAUCUGGAACCCGACCUUGAUUCGAGGUCGUUCACGAAGAAGCUCGCCGAGAUAAGCAUGACCUCGCUGUCGUCGAAUUCCAGUGCUGGGAGUGCAGGCCACCUGCACAGCUCGAGGCUGGGUUCAGAUGGAGGCCAUCACGAGAAGAAGAACUACUUCACCAUAGGCUGCAGUCCGGUGCAGUAUCUAGGACAGUCUGGUGCCGAAUCGGUCGGCGACACGAAGUCAUUUCAGUUCAGCGAAAUCUCCGAGCAGUCUGACUGUGGCUCCUUAUGUUCGAGUGACUGUGUGUUGGGACUGCAGAAGAAAGGAAUGCAGAAGGAUCACAAGGUUCAGACAGACAUCAACAGAAACGGGGUGAUGUCGCGCUGCUGUCCCACGGACACAGCACCCAAGCUGUCUGCCCUUAAAGUAGAGUCGAAGUGUUGUUCUGUAGUGUAAUGUUUAUUAGGUUUUUUAAGUUUUAGUCUUAUUAGAUAUUGACUGCAGAUUUUCAAGCACUAGGAGCAGCAGUUUCGGUAUCGCCCCGGGUUAGCACAGACAACUGGCAAAAUACCUCAUUUAAUUCAAAUUUAGAGAAUUUUUUUUUCUUCAUUAACAUGAUGUUUUGUUGUGAUGAAUUUUUGCCAACAAAUGUUUUGCUAUAGAAAAAUGUGAUGAGAGGUACUAAUGUACACAAGUUCCGUUUCUUUGCUUGCAGUUAUGUCAUUGUGAUAGUAAUGCUGCCACUACCCACCUCCCCCAGCCAUCUGAAUAGACACAAUCAAGAAGUAUUGUUGGGGUGGGGGGUGGUGGAGUAGAAAAAUAGCAGUUUGUCAUAUACAUGUCUUGCUUGUGUUGUAGCCAAUCGGUCAUCACAUUUGGUAUUUGAGCUGGUGCGGUUAUUGUAGAAUCGAUCCCCGUUGAUGGACCCAUUGGGUUAUUUCUCACUCCAGUCGGUCAACCACGACUGGUAUAUCAAAGGCUGUGGUAUGUGCUUUCCUGUCUGUAGGAUGGUGCAUAUAAAAGAUUCCUUACUAUUAAUGGAAAAAUUUUCCUCUCUUUAGACUAUACAUCAAAAUGACUGUGAUUAACAUCCAAUGGCUGAUGAUUAAUAAAUCAAUAUGCUCUAGUGGUGAUGUUAAAUGAAACAUCACAUUUGGUACUCAAGCUGUUUUGUUGAUUUUGAAUGAUGUAGCCACUUUCUAAACGAUUUUGUCAACUGACAACUUUGUGUGAUUGAAAAUCUGUGGUCAGAUUAAUAUUAUACAGUAAUAGUUAUAAUGAAAAAUAUUCUCUUAUUUCACUGGGACUUAUCUACAGCACUUUCUUUCAAGUUUGAAAUAGAUUUUUCAGUACUACUACUAGUUUUUGUAUCUGGUAGACUGAUUGUUCUGAACCUAUUCUGCCUGACCGUACACGAAGAACAUGAAAAUAUAUCAAAAUGUUUUAAAGCAUAUCAAAAGCUGUGUUUACACUUGCACACGUUAAACUGGUUAAACUAUACUGGUGUUUAGCUAAAACACUUUGGUUUGGAAAUGACGAGUGUUCACACUUGUAAUAGCUAUACCGGUAUAAGGAGGAAGUGUAAUUAUCUGCACUUGCACAAGACGUAAAAAAAAAAAAAAAAAAUGGACUACAAGUCUGUUGGGACAUUGCUGACGCACUUGCUGCUUAUUCUGACUGAUGUCACCGUCAUUUCCGCCGUAUACUAGUUUCAAUAAACCAGUUGCAUUCACACUUACAUUUAAACUGUAUUAGGGUGUACCUGUUUAACUAAACCACAUACCGAAGUGUUUUAGCUAUACCACUUUAGUGAUACCGGUAUAGUGAAAAGAUUGCGUUCACACUUACAAUUUUAACUGGUUAGUUUGUGAACACGGCUAAAGUGAACAGAUUAAAACUAGGCCCUUGUUUAGAUAUACUGGCUUGGUUAAACCGACAGCACUUUGAUUGGUAGAAUGACAGGUCAUUUGGAUAGACAGUAGUAUUGUCAAAGUGGCCAGUAGGUGAGAAGAGAAGAAGAAGAUUAAAGUACAGUACUCCUAUAACGAACAAGAAGGGACCCUGAUGAUAAGUUUGUAAUGGCAGUAGUUUGUCAUACAUAUUUGCACAAGUUGGUUAUUAAUGUAUAGGGAGAUAAAACGGGACUUCAUGAUAGUUAGUUCUAAACAAUAGUUCGUUCUAAACAAUAGUUCGUUCUAAGCAUGUUCAUUGUAAGUGUACUUUACUGUAAUGUGAACACUAAAGAAAACUUGCUGCAAAUUUGUGUGCCCUGGCACACCGGGUUGAGAAAUACUUACUUAGUAGACAACGACAUUGUCAGUAAAAUGUUACUCAGUCUAGUAGACCAGUGGCUUAUUAGGGAGGGCGAUCGCUGGACUGGGUUUUUUGCACCUAACGUUAGAUUAUGUGAUAUUAUAGAAUAUGAUGGUACCAGUCAAUAUAUUGGCGAGUGCUCGGCCUCCAGAACAAGCCACAGUUUUACACUUGCUCAAAGUUAUUGUUUUGCUCCUACACUUCAGUUGAGUCAUAUCGGGACUACAUUAAUUAAAAGAUUUGUGAAAAUACUUUAUUUUGUUAACAUCUUAGUGUAAAACAAUUUAAUUGUAGGAAUUUUUCCUUUCUUUUUCUUGUAAAUUUUAUUGCAUGCAUUACAGAAAGUUAUUUUCACACUUGCUAUUGAGUUAUCUCCCUUUCUCAGACUAAGACUGGUAUGUGUACUGCAUAAGAUAUGAAUAAUGAGACAUGGUAUCAGUCUAUUUCAUGUAAAAGUGAUAAUUUCUGUCAGGGAUAUCUGAAUAAAUGGCGAUUGUAAAUGUCGAUACAGCUCGGUGAUAUAUUGUGGUGUUAAUUAUCAGUGACAUGAUUUUAAAAUGUAUUUAUCAGUGUGGGUGGAUAAAAACAUGUUUCAACUGGAAUUAUUAAGAUAUGUUUUAAAUAUUUAAUCAGUGUUUUUCAUGGGUUUUUUUUUUUUUUUUUUUAACCAUGAUUUUUUUGCGUAUUUAAUCAAGUGUAAUAAGGGAAGUAACUGUAUUUUACACGGUCAGGAUUAUACAUGUAGUUAAAACAAUUUUUGUGAAAAUUAAAACCGGUAAUUUUGUCCCCCUAUGCAUUGAAAUUGCAGAUACCUUGUUCUUUUCAAUUGUAACUAAAAUAAGAAUUUUAAUAUAUAUAUAUAUAUAUAUAUAUACUAACAGUAGUUAAAAAUCAUUUCUGUUGUAUAUCGGUAUCGGUUACUUAUCUUGUUCUUUAGAUGGAAAUAGACAUUUUGAUGUAGAUAUCAUUAAUGACGCUAACAAUAAUUUUGUUUUGGUAAUGUUUGUUUUUUUGCAAUACCAAAAACCUUGUAUUAACACUUCAAAGAGACUAAAAAUUCCAGCUACAUUUUAAUUUUUAAUUUUUCUUUUUCUUCAAAUUAAUGGUUGACAUUGUUUUGCAAUAGUGUAUCACAAAUCAGAGCUUGUUAAUUCAUAAUGUUGCUAUUCUCUAAACAUCUUAGACUGCCAUGUCACAUUUUGUUGUGUCAUCAUUGUUAUGUUGACAACAGUCUUAUAAUUUCAGUGUGAUGUAUUUGAUAUGCUUUUCUUAAGUAUUCACUAAAUACAGCACAUUCUACUAAAGAUCUGUACACUUUCACAAUUGUUCUCAUCUUUAAGACCUGUUUCUCUCUCGAAAUUUGUUAGAGCUGUUACUGAAUAGUCAUUCUGGAGGUUUAGGGGUUGAGAGGCAGUAGUAUUUUACCCCCAUAAAAUAACAUCAUUAUUAACAUUAACACAAUUUCUUUCUCUUUUUGUUAUAAUAAAAUGUUUAUUUUCUAUUUUUUGGAAUGGGAUUGGUGAACACACGAUCACCUAUAUUAACUCCUUUCCACAAUUUUUUUUUGACAAACUAUCCAUUAGAUAUAAUAUGAUGCCGCUCACCCCCACCCCCAUGUGAAUAUUUUCAGAAUGGCCCAUAGGUGAUUCUUAUGUUGCACGAUUCUGCUGUCAAGGAAAGACAUGUUUAUUUUUUUAGGUUUUGCUUAGAUAAUCGUGCCAUCAUCAUGUGCAUAUUAAUGGUUUUAGUAAUUUAUUCUGUCAACAUCUAGCUGGCAUGUUUCUUUGCAAACAAAGAUAUUCUUAUAAAUUUUUAUGUUUUAUAUACCUGUAUUUAUGAAAAUACCAAUCUUGGUUGUUUUGUUUUUAAAAAGAAACAAAUCUGUAUAUUUUAGGAUAGUAAGUUAUGAAAGCUUGUGAACGAACACCUAGUGUGAGGGUAUCAGCACUGGUAGUUAGGGAUGCAGAAAGGAGUAGAACGCAUACCAAAUGCAAAUAGAAAUUCUGACGGAUGACUUACACUAUUCAAAUUCCAAUCUGACGUGCAUCUUUUUUGGGGUGACUAUCAAGCUUUAUUUUCAGUUUAGUCCCCUGCCGGUUCAACAGGAGAGGUUUAUAAGGUUUCGUCUUCAUCCGCAUGUACAGACGUUUUUAUAUUUUUUAAAUGCUUUAAAAUAUAUAGCUUUGUCUUGUACAGUUACAGAUAAAGUUUUGACUUUCAUGGGAAUAUACCCUUGUUUUUUAAUGGGAAUUUAUUCAAGGGCCAUAACUGUCAAAAAUAUAAUUUAUCCAUAUUUGACAGAGUUAUGGCCCUUGAACUUAGUCCCGGUAGGGGACCGACAUAUAUUGCUUUAGCAGUGAUUGCAGAGUGCUUGUUUAAUUUUAAAAAUUUAAUAUAUUUUAUUAUAUUAUUAUUUUUUUUUUUUCAAAGUUUAUUACUCUUAUUUCUGAUUUCACUGGCUGGAUAUUUUAAGUUAAGUGUGUACUUGUAUCAUAACACUAUCUUUCUGUUGACUGACGGACUAGUAGACAUUCUGACAGACUUGUUAAAUUUUUUGAUUAGGCACACUAGUGACAACUGUAUUUUGUUUCCAUUUCUGCUGCCCUGGUCUUGGUGGCGUCGUGGCAGGCCAUCGGUCUACAGGCUGGUAGUUACUGGGUUCGGAUCCCAGUCGAGGCAUGGGAUUUUUAAUCCAG